AUGGUUCUCAUGGAGAGCUACUUUUUCUGCGCCUCGGUUCGAUUGGGUGUCCUUAUCAUCUGUUUUGUGGCCGCUCUGAAAAGCACCAUCAUUAUGUGGUUGAUCUUCACCGAUGGAACUGCCUUUCUCUAUGUCAUCAUUAACAUUUUCGAAUCCCAUUACAAGACGAGUACAAUUGUCCAUGAAUCGGUCAACUGGAUAGAGCAGUAUCCCAAGGAGCUCAUGAUGUUCUUUCAACUCUACAGCUUUUGCCACAUUGUGUCUUGUGUAGUUGCAGCCUAUGGAGCAUACAAGGUGAAAAAGUGCCACGUCAUACCUUUGGCCAUCUUCGAAUUCUUUUACACAGUCCAAGUCGUAGUCCUAGCAACUAUAGCUCUUCGGAUUGUAAGACACAUAGUGCCCCUGGCCACAUUGAUUCUUUUAACCCUAGGCUUAACAUUCUACGCAAUGUUGGUUGCCUACGACACCCUUCUGCUAAUUGCAUUCAUACAAAUUAUGUUUUUGGUUUGGAGUGAACGAUACCAACGAUUAUAUGGAGCUGAUCCCUUAAAUCCCGUCCUCAAUGGGAAGACUUUUAAGGAAAUGACAGACAAUUCUUCUCCCAUCUCGCAGCAACCAAUAAUAAUAUAUGUAAUGCCAAAAGUUGGUCAAAAGUUAUGGAAUAUGCAACCACAAAAAUGGUGGAAGGAUGAAAUUAUUCAGGACGAAAAUUCUCAGGAAAAAGGACUCUUGCCAGAAGACUUCUCUAAUUAUUUUCAACGAGAGGAACUUUUAUCGAAAGUCCUUCUGAGAAAUGCCAUAAAUGGAAGUCAUUUGAAAAAAUAA